GCACUCAAGCUCCCAGCGCUUUGCUUCAUGCCCGACGCCAUCUCUGCGCUCCACCGCUGCAUUCCCGAGCCCGUGCUCCGACCAGGUACCAGCGACAAGGAGUUGCAGCUCAUGCUUGCCACAGCCGGCACACCCAAUGGUGCUGUGGAAGACCUCGAGUUCCACGAAGCACAGCAAGCGCUCCACGACCUCGCGCUCGACAUUCGCAUCCCCAUGCGCACGCACAUGUCCCUUUCCCAGCUUAUGCAGGUGGAACCUGACACGAUGAGGGCUGGCGUCGACGUAUGUUUCUUCGAAGACAGUACUUUUGUCGUGCCAGAGCUUGCUUUGCUCAUCCUAGAG